GGUUCCCUGGUCUCCAGCAUGUCUACCGCACUGUGUGCCUUUCUCGUGCUUCUCAUAGCUGUCUCUACAACUAUCUUCAUCAACACCAGGACCAAAUCACCACAAGGAUCAUCUGUGAUUGACAGGUUCAAUUCUACUUAUGAUUACAUUAUAGUUGGUGGAGGGACUGCCGGCUGUGUGUUAGCCGGACGUCUAUCUGAGAGCAGGGACGUCACGGUACUGCUGCUGGAAGCCGGGGAGCAGGACUGGGCGAACCCCUACAUCAGCACGCCGGGGUUCGCUCCUGGGGUUCUGAGGUCUGGCAUUGACUGGGAGUACUACACGGAGCCGCAGAAUGGGAGGCUGUCAGGGUUCAAUGAAAAUCGCUCGUUUUGGCCGAGGGGUAAGGUGCUGGGUGGCACUGGUAGCAUCAAUGCCAUGAUCUGGGUGCGUGGGUUCAAACCCGACUUUGACAGGUGGGCUCAGUACCUGGGCACUGAUGACUGGGACUACAGACACGUCUUGCCUUACUUCAAGAAAUCUGAGGACAUUAAAGUACCUGAACUAAGGGAUUCAGAAUUUCGAGGACGCAAUGGUCCAAUUACUAUAAAUACUAUCCAAUCACCUCAGCCCAUUGUGGAGACAUUGAUUAAAGCAGCAGCAGCGAUAGGCUACCCGUUAGGACAGGAUUACAACGGUGAGACGAGAGAAGGUUUCUUCUACACACAGUUCAACUUAAACAACAACGAAAGAUGGUCAACCAGCAAAGCCUACGUCCACCCUGCCCUGGACAGAUCCAACUUCCACCUGGCUUUGAAAUCCCACGUGACCAAAGUGCUGAUAGAGAACAAGAGAGCUACAGGUGUGGAGGUCAUCAAGGACGGCAGAAAGUUCACCGUCCAGGCCAGACGUGAGGUCAUCUUGUCUGCUGGGACAGUCGGCUCUCCACAGAUUCUCAUGUUGUCUGGGGUCGGCCCUAGGAAACAUCUGGAAAGUUUGAAGAUCCCAGUUCACGCUGACCUCCCAGUAGGAGAGAACCUACAGGACCAUUUGUUCUUUGACAUGGGGGUCAAGGUCAGGGAGCCACUGACUGCCACCAUGGAGGAGCUGGAAAGCUGGUGGUCCUAUCUAAAGUACAAGCUGUUUGGUGCAGGUCCCUUGGCGUCACCUUACCUGUGUGAGACCAUGGCCUUUAAAAGCACAACCACAGAGACCAGACGACUCAACUGGCCAGACCUCCAGAUCCACAUCCUCAACGUCUUAACUCCCAGCUCCGAUGAUACGUUCGAUUACAAUAGUCAGGUGAAAGCUGAUCUGACUGGCAGAGACACGGCCAAGUAUGGUUUAAUGUGCGCCCCUACACUGAUACGUCCAGAGAGUAAAGGGAAGAUAACUCUACGUUCAAGUGAUCCAUUUGAUUACCCGGUUAUAGCCCCUGAAUAUUUAACAAAACAAGAGGAUGUUGAGCUAUUAAUACGAGGUAUUCAGGAGUGUGAGAAGCUGGUCAACACGGAGCCCAUGAAAGCUGUGGGGGCUGAGCUGACCGAGGACAGACCAGCCGCCGCGUGUGGACAUUACAGGUUCAAAUCCCACGAGUACUGGGAGUGUGUGGUCAAGCAGAGGUCCUGUACGUUGUAUCACCCGGCGGGGACCUGCAAGAUGGGACCUAAAGGGGACCCCACAGCUGUUGUAGACGGGCAAUUAAGAGUCUACGGCGUGUCCGGUCUUCGUGUGGUGGACGCAUCUGUUAUGCCGUGGGUGGUAUCAGCCAACACGAACGCUGCGACAAUCAUGAUUGCUGAGAAGGCGGCGGAUCUAAUCCUCAACAGAGCCACUUUACCUCCACAGAAUCAAUAACUAUAUUGUCGUAUUUUUAAAAUUGUAGGCAGCUAAGUUGAUUGUAGAUAAAGUUAGCCCAAACGUUAAGAUGUGUGUGUGUGUGCUCUAUUCUUUGAGCGUCUAAAGCCAUUCCAUAACCCAAUAAUUUUAUGCGAGUGUGUCAUAAGUAUUUAGUAAAAAAAUAAUCUCAAUGUUUGUUAUUAUUCGACCUUCUUCUCCACAUAUAACACCCCUCCAUCUACUCUUUAGUGUAUGUAUAUUACAUGCUUCAAGUUUUUAAAAAUUGUUGUUAAUUUUGUUUUGCAUCAAAUUUCUUUGCCUGCUUUUAAUUUAUUUUUGAAAUAGCAGAAAUAUUUUUCUAGCUGCACAAAUGC